UCAUUUUCUGGUGGUGGAUAUAGAUUGGGUGACUCAUCACAAAAGCACUCUGAAUACAUAUGUGGAGAAAAUCAAGAUGUUCAAAUUUUGCUGAAACUGUGGAGGAAUGGCUUCAGUUUAGAUGAUGGCGAGUUGAGAUCCUAUUCAGACCCAACAAAUGCUCAGUUUCUUGAGUCUGUUAAAAGAGGGGAAAUUCCUGUGGAACUGCAGCGACUUGUUCAUGGUGGCCAGGUUAAUUUGGAUAUGGAAGACCACCAAGAACAGGAAUAUGUGAAGCCUAGACUACGAUUCAAAGCUUUCAGUGGCGAAGGGCAAAAACUUGGAAGCCUCACACCUGAAAUAGUCAGCACACCUUCUUCCCCAGAGGAGGAGGAGAAAUCCAUUCUUAAUGCACCUGUUCUGAUUGAUGAUUCCAUGCCAGCAACUAAAAUUCAGAUUAGAUUAGCAGAUGGAAGCCGAUUAAUACAAAGAUUUAAUCAAACACACAGGAUUAAGGAUAUUCGAGAUUUCAUUAUCCAGUCCCGUCCAGCAUUUGCAACAACUGAUUUUGUUCUUGUGACUACCUUUCCAAAUAAAGAGCUAACAGAUGAAAGCCUGACACUACAAGAAGCAGAUAUACUUAACACUGUGAUUCUUCAGCAAUUAAAGUAAUCUUACAGUUAUUGGUACAAUUUAGGGAGUGUGCUGUGUUGUCAUACAAUAUGUUUCCAACAGAUGAAAAAAAGUGUCUUUUUAUUCUCCUACUUCCAUGGAUCAGACUUUUGAGUUUUAUGUC